GCGUGGGGUGUUGGGCAGUGGGGUACAGGAGGGCCCCCCCACGCUGAUUCCUUCCGGCCCUGAGCGCCCACGGCUGAGUCAGGCGUGGGAAAAGCAGCCCCCGAGUGUUUGCUGAAGCUUUCAUCCUAUGGCUGUGUCCCUGUAUCCCUGAAGUCUGCUUUUGAUGUGUUGGGACAUCAAAGCGAGUGUCUUACAAAUUGGGGGGCAUGGAGAGUUCACAGGUGUUGGUCGUGCUUAACAAGGGAUCUGAGUGGGAGAGAAAAUGGUCAUUAAUCUCCAUUAGUUUUAUAUUGAUUCGAGUCUUCUGUUGGCUUUUCCCCUGACUCUUGCAAGAGUGGUACAGAAAGCUCUCCCUAAUUAAACCAAAUAAGGCACUGCAUGACCAUAACUGAACAAUGUCUGUCCCACGUGGAGCUGUCCAUGCAAAAUGGAUAGUGGGGAAAGUCAUUGGGACCAAAAUGCAGAAAACGGCCAAAGUGAGAGUGACCAGGCUCGUGCUGGAUCCCUACUUGCUAAAGUUCUUUAACAAAAGAAAAACCUAUUUUGCCCAUGACCCCCUGCAGCAGUGUGUUGUUGGAGACAUUGUUCUUCUGAAAGCUCUGCCUGAGCGAAGGAGCAAACACGUGAAACACGAACUGGCUGAAAUUGUGUUCAAGGUUGGCAAUGUCAUAGAUCCCAUCACAGGAAAGCCCUGUGCAGGAACCAGAUUCCUGGAAAACCUGUCAGAUUCAGAAAAUCUCACCGAGGCAGAUACCACCUAUCUAAGUGAGAAACUUCAGGAACUUAAAGUUUGUUCAACAGACAAAUAGUGGGGGAAAUACUUUAAGCAGAGGGCUUCCGGCUUUUGUGUCUCUGUCAGGGAUAUUUGAGGCCCUGCUGUGAGAUGUUAAAUGUUCCAGUGAAAUUUGUAGUCAAAAUAAAUAGUACAUGUAGUUGCUUAUGCAAAAAGAUGUUGCAGAUUGAUGGGCACCUGGAGCUUUGAAUGAAAAUGCAGAGAAAAAUGCAAGUUUAGUGUUCACACUUCAUUUUGUUGCCUGUAGUUUUGCCCCAGUGACAGUUCCCAAAGGCAGCUGCCCUCCUGGAUUGGCCUCUCUAUGUUAAGACAAGACUACAGCUGUGUGAUGUUUAAUUUUAGUGGGAGGGUCAUUAUAUUAUUUGGUUGUUCUGUAUUUCAGUCAGUCUUUUGUGGUUUGUAGGGUUACUGGAAAAGAUGCUAUUAAAGCUUUUGAAAGGAAGUGUAGAAUUUUAAAA